CCUGGAGUACAUAUAAAGCCACUCGAGGAAUCGACGAAAGAUUUUCCAUUCCACGUUGAAUCGCGCCAGAACGCACUUUUUUCUCGUAGAUUUCGUAGACGAGAACAGUGAUAGAUUUAAGAUGUAAGAAGUCAAACGGUAAUACGGACAAUCAAUGAAUUUGACUGAGAUCGAAGGAUUUUCAAAGCAAACGAUUAAAUCUUUUUGAAAACUAUUUAUGACGAUGAGGAUAACGACGAUGAACCGAUUAUACGUUUUCCUUUUUCUCGCGAGUAUCUCUGCAUCGGAAAAGGUACGUUACGACGGUCAUAAACUCUACAAGGUUCAUGUUGAUAAUUACGAUAAUUUGAAUGCCUUAACGAACAUGCAAGAAGACGAGGGUUAUAAUUUUUGGAAUUUACCGAGGAUGAAUGAUUCCUCGUUAAUCGUCGUUGCUCCAAAAAGGAUCGAUGAGUUUGAAAAGAUCGUUAACAGUAACAAAAUGUCCGCCACGUUAAUGAUGGACGAUCUUCAACGUUAUAUCGACGAAGAGAAUCCGAAUGUCGAUGGGAGAGGCACUUUUGAUUGGACAGCUUAUUAUAGGCUCGACGUGAUAUAUCAAUGGAUGGAAAGUCUCGCUCAGGAACAUUCUAAAAUCGUUAAAAUUGUGAACGGUGGAGUCAGUACCCUUGGGAGGCCCAUAAAAGGUUUAAUGCUUCGUUUUAAUCCUAAUCAAAAUACGUCGAUCUUCUUGGAAAGUGGUAUUCACGCGAGGGAAUGGAUAUCGGUAGCCACAACUACAUACGUGGCAAACGAAUUGAUAUUCAACGAAGAUCCUGCUAUUAGGACUUUGGCGGAGUCCUAUAUUUGGUAUAUAUUCCCAAUUUUCAAUCCAGAUGGCUACGAAUAUUCGCAUACUACGAAUCGAUUGUGGAGGAAGAAUUUGAAACGAUACGCACUGAGAUGUAAAGGCGUCGAUCUCAAUCGAAAUUGGGAAUCUCAUUGGGCAGAAAUAGGAACAAGUUCUAAUCCCUGCGCUGAAACAUAUCCAGGACCCGAAGCAUUCUCUGAAAUCGAAUCGAAGUCGAUGUCAAGUUUUCUGAAAAGUAUACCGGAAAAAUUGACGGCUUAUCUAGCCUUCCAUAGUUUCAGCCAAUUGUUGCUUAUACCGUUCGGUCAUAGCAACGAAAGAAUCGACAAUUACGACGAUCUUAUGGAAAUAGGAAAGUUCUCCGUCAAGGCUCUAUCCAAGAGAUACGGUAUCGAUUACACCGUUGGAAACGUAGUCGAUGUUAUUUAUCCAGCAGCUGGUAGUUCGAUGGAUUGGGUUCGUGCCGCGAUUGGUCCUCGUAUAACUUACACGUACGAGCUUCGUGAUAAAGGCCGAUACGGUUUUUUGUUACCAGCUAAUCAAAUCAUUCCUACGGGAGAGGAAACGAUGGAUUCUUUGAUCGGCAUGUUUCAAAAAGCAUUGGAUCUUGGAUACGGAUCACGACCAUAAUUAAUUCACUUUAACGUUCUUACAUAUAAUCGAAAAGAAAUUUUAUUUAUAAAUUUUCUUUUACACUUAAUAUCGCAUUUAUUAAGUUUAUCACUUUUAUAAUAUUAUCAAUGAUAUAUUAUGAGUAACAAAAAAUUAUGUGAAUAUCAACAAUAAUAUUAUGUGUAUAAAAGCAAAAUGUAAAUAAUGGCAUCAUCGAUCGUCGACUGUUAAAAUAUUAUCGAGCUGUUCUGAUUAUAAAAUCGAGUGGUAAGAUAAGUGGCCUUAAUUAAGAAACGGAUUUAAUUAAAAAAUGAACUAAAAUACUUUGUAUAUCUAAUAAUAAAUAGAUUUCAUUUUAAUAUACGUUGAUUUAUUUGCAAGUAUAAUAAAAUAUCGUAUCAUCCACUCUUCCGAUUGAAUUAUUCGUAAUAAUCUUAUAGAUUUAUAUCGGUCGUUAUAUAUCCACGAAAUGCGUUAUCAAGAAUAACAUGACCUGAAUAUUUCUAAUUAAUCCGUUUUAUUUGAUUCUUCCAAAGAAAUUAUUUUAUUCGGUAAAUUUUCAUUACCAAUUAAGAUUUUCUCCAACCGAAGAAUCACAUGAAGAAUCGUCAAUCUGUGUGUGUGAUAAGUAAUCACGUUUAAAAUAAAUAGAAAUCUUUUCAAUAGAUUAGAAAGUAAUUAACUAACGACAUUGUAAGAAAAAAAAGUCGAUCGAUCAUCAAUGCGACGAGUUUUUUUUUUUUUUAAUGACCGAUAACAAUAUUAACGACGGAAAA